AUGCCUCGCCAAAGCAGAUCAGGUAGUGCAGGUCGCGCUCCUGCUCGUCCCAAAAUCGCUCCAUCGAAACCCGCUGUGCCGCAGCAACAGUCUCGUCCAGCAUCUACGCUUGCCCAUCCACCCACUGCACAACCACCCAGCUCGGCUGGCCCAGGAAUGCUAGGUCAAAUUGCCUCAACGGCGGCCGGUGUUGCGAUUGGCUCAUCCAUUGGAAGUGCCAUUGGUGGCCUUUUCGGCGGAUCUCAAACGGUAGCUGAAUCAGCACCUGCUGCAGAGUCUUCAAAUCAAACAAACAACUGGGCCGCAGGAAGCUGUGAUAUGAGUGCUAAGCAGUUAACUAAGUGCUUAGAUGAUAACCAGGGCAAUAUGCAGAUCUGCAACUGGUAUUUAGAACAACUGAAAUCGUGCCAGCAGGCUGCCAGCCAGUACUAA